AGUCUGUAUGCGUAGUAAAAGAGGAUGUGUGACAUCUGGAAGCGCUCAGGAGGCAGGACUGAAACUUUCCACCCACCCCCUUGUCGUUUCUCAGGGCACCAACAUCAAAGGAGGCUGCAGAUAAUGUUUUCUCUGCCCUAAAGACGCUUCAAUGAGGAGCCACCAAUGCAGCCUGAAACCCAGGAGGUUCUCGAGAGUCUAAUGUUUGAUGAUACGGUUUUUUGCAGGUUCAAACACAGUUUGAUGCAGUGUGGAUGGAAAAUAUUACUUUCAGCAGGAGUGGGAGCAGCAGCUAAUGUGAUGGAAUGAAAGCUGACGGCUUAGUGAGCUGUGAAGAGGAGAUGAAUAAUGAGGCAGAGAAGAAAAGAAGUUUGGUGUGAAAGAACUUGACUGGCCUGCACAGAACCCUGAUCUCAACCCCAUCCAACACCUUUGGCAUGAACUGGAACGCAGACUGCAUCAGCUGUCCACAUACUUUUGUCCAUGAAUGGAUGCCAACGGCCCUCCAGUCUCAGUAAUGGACCCGUUCAUCGGCUCAACUCCGAGAGAAACUCUGGAGCGAGUUUCAGCCUCGCUGGGCUGCAGUCCCACCUCCGCAGAAGUGGCUACUUACCUUGACAAACACGACAAACUGCGACACCUCAGGGGGGAAUUUCUGGUGCCCAAAAUUGCAGAUUUGCCUCCUUCUGAUCUCUCGUUGGUCGAUGGCACCAAAGAAUGCAUCUACCUGGUGGGAAACUCGUUGGGGCUUCAGCCCAAAAUGGCCAGGAAGUACCUGGAAGAGGAGCUGGAGAAGUGGGCCAAAACGGGUGUCCAUGGUCACACAGAAGGCUCUCGACCUUGGGCGUGGGCUGAAAACAACAUAGAGGAACUCAUGGCUAAUAUUGUUGGAGCUAAAACUGAGGAGGUGGCGAUCAUGAACGGCCUGACUGUUAAUUUACACCUUCUAAUGCUCUCCUUCUACAAACCCACAGCGACUCGCCACAAAAUCCUUCUAGAGGACAAGGCAUUUCCUUCAGAUCAUUACGCUGUAGAAUCUCAGAUCCGACUGCGAGGAUUCGACCCUCAGCAGAGCAUGCUGCUGCUGUCACCCAGACCGGGAGAGGAGACUCUGAGGACGGAGGACAUCCUCGAGGUGAUCGAGAAGGAGGGCGACUCUAUCGCCGUGGUGAUGUUCAGUGGAGUUCAGUACUACACCGGACAACUGUUCAACAUGGCUGCCAUCACUGAGGCUGGUCAGAGGAAGGGCUGUUACGUUGGUUUUGAUUGCGCUCACGCGGCCGGCAACGCCGAGCUGAAGCUGCACGACUGGGGGGUCGACUUCGCCUGCUGGUGCUCCUACAAGUAUAUAAAUUCAGGUGCUGGUGGUUUAGCUGGAGCGUUUAUCCACGAGAAACAUAAACACACCGUCAAACCAGCGUUGUUGGGAUGGUGGGGACACGACCUGAAGACUCGGUUCCAGAUGAAUAAUGUGAUGGAGCUGCAGCCCGGAGUGAGCGGAUACAGGCUGUCGAACCAGCCCAUCCUGCUGGUCUGCCCGCUGCAGGCCAGUUUAGAGGUGUUCAACAUGACCAGCAUGCAGGCGUUACGCAGGAAGUCUCUUCUGCUGACGGGCUACCUGGAGUAUCUGAUCCAGCACUACUACUCCAAAGACCCCUACCGCCCCCACAAACCUCAUGUCCACAUCAUCACGCCCUCUGACCCCCAGCAGAGAGGCUGCCAGCUCUCGCUCUCCUUCUCCGUCCCCAUCCGAAAAGUCUUCCAGGAGCUGGAGAAGAGGGGAGUCGCUUGUGACAUGAGGGAGCCCAGCGUGCUUCGCAUCGCUCCGGUGCCGCUCUACAACUCCUUCAGCGACGUUCAUCGCUUCAUAGAAACCCUCGGAUCAUCUCUCGCCGCCAGCAGCCAGUGAACGAACGAAUGAAUGAAUGAAUAAAUGAAUGAAUGAAUGAAUGAAGAGUGGACUGUGGUUUUGCUGUGAAAAUAUCAGAUCUGACUGCUGCAAACACCUGAAGCUGAAGCAGAGUUUAAGACCGUUUUAUGAUGUGUGAAAUUUGAAAUGAAAAUUACUAAUAUUUUAAUAAUUUAUUCACUGCUGGUACCUUUUAAGGGCGUGAUUACCUUUAAAUCCAAAAAUGGAUGUUUUGUUUUCUGGGAAUUACACUUGAGAACAAUUGUAAUUGCUGUUAACCCGUUUUUCACUCUACUCUCAUCCAGUUGCAGAUACAGGACAUUUAAAUAGAUAAAAACACGUUUUAGCAGAACUUUAUAGCAGCUUUAAAUAUCAUUAGCACACAACCAGCUAUGUUUUAGUCUUUUUGUCUGCAUGUAUGUAAUAAUUGUUGUAUGUUUAUGUAUAUUGUUCUUGUUUUUUUGUGUAUAUGUGUUUUGUAUGUAUCUAUGUUCUGCAGACAUGUACAACACAUAAUAUCAAUCAAUCAAUACUAGUGCUGAUAGCUGAUUUUCUACAGAAAUCUUACAAUACUUUAUCUCUUAAAGCAGUAAGAUAACUUUUCCUGAAAGAAAUGGAGUCUAAAAUUGGCAAAACUACAGACCAAGUCUAGAUGGUACCAAAAAACUAUUGAGGUUGGAUACCUUGAUUCUGAGUGAAGACGCCAGAUAAGUAAUGAUUUGGUGAUUUGCAGGUCAACAACAGGUUAAAAUUGGGCUAAAUUUGGUUGAAAACACCAAAAACUCAUAACGAUAGCACCCACAAUCCCUCGCCCUUGUCCUCCUCAGUCAAUUGGGCACGACGCCCAGAGAGUUCACAGCAUGGGAUUUCCAAAUGAUGUGAUUUUGGGGGGAAAAAUUUGAUGAAACCCACCUUCCCCCCCCCAUCCCUCCCUCCCUCCCUCCCUCUCCACCCGGCUGUACAUUACACACAUGAGUUAGCCGACAGUCCUCCUUUCACCAAUUAACACCUACUUUAUUAUAACGUUGACUUCUCCCUAAUGUUCUUGCAUGUGUUUAUGCACUAUUACCUUGACGGAUGCCUAUUCCACAAUUAGACAUAUUUGGCAUAUCAAUAUGCAAAACCUAAAUGGAUUAACCUUCUUUAAAACUAAUGAGCACUUGGAUGCCCAGCUGGGGAAUGGACCUGAAUUAGCAUUUGUCAUCUUUUUUUUGGGGGUGAUGUGAGAAUAAAUAAUUGAAGAGUG